UAAAGGUCAUAUCUUAUCAGUUAUGUCAUAAUCUUUUAUAUCGUUAAAUAAUACCUAUUUAAAUAUCAUGUCCAAGUUAAUGUAUCGUAUUUCCGGGCACUUGUCAACAAUUUAAUUAAGAACAUAGAUUAGAGCGUCCUUUGUUGGCAUGUAAAACUAGGACACUUAGUCAAAUGCCAGUCAGCUGCCCAUACACACUGAUAUAGAUUUUCAGAGUAGCAUGACAAUAAUCUAUUGAUGGCACAGUUGUUGAAUAUUUUGUUUAAGAAAAACGACCUUUACUCAUCGUGGGGUUUUCAAGUAUGUGGCGGAAGAGACAGUUGGCGACCUUUGACGGUGAGAAAUGUGAGUAAAAAAAAAAAAAUGUACAUUUUUAAGUAAUAAAAAUUCAAUUUAAAUCAUUGCUUGUCUAGGUACAAAAUGGUACUUUAGCAUGCAACUAUUUAAAUGUCGGUGAUCGUGUAUUAGAGAUAGAUGGCAUCGACUGUUAUUCGUUAACUGAAUCCCAGGCAAUUAGUUUCCUUCGAAGGCCAAGUUGCUCGGUUGAACUUUUAGUGUUGAAACGACGAGGUGAAAAUGUUGUGCCUCCCAAACGAUCAUCUAGUUGUAAAGCUCUACAAAAUUUUAGUUUUCCAAAAUCGAAAAAAAAUAUUUCCGAACCGGAUUCUCCCGAUCGACAACAAAUUAACAACAAUUAUAUUGAAAACAUUAACUCGUCUAACAACUUGUAUACAUUCAACGAUUCGGAAGAAUCUCCUAAACAAUGUUUUGAAGAACCCAAAAAGGAUCUUGACUCAGUACCGGUAAAAAACUAUAAUGGGUCAUUACAGUUUUCCAAUUUUAGACCUCGUAAGAAUUCGUUACAAAAAGACAGUGAACCUGUAUGUCUUAGAAGUCGCUCAAGUUCACCACAAUUCUGGAAAUUGAAUACAGAAACUUCUAUUUCUGAUCCAUCCAAAAAUUGUAGAAGUUUUUGGAAAAAACUGGAAAAGUGUUCUAUGGAAGACUUAAGCGCACGUCACACUCCAAGUCCAAUACGUCCAGCAAGUGUGGCAUUCUAUCCCAAAACUCCUGAACCUAUUGUUCAGCCAAAAACUGAAGUAAUUUCACCUAAGAAAAAAGUAAUGCAUUCCUACAUUAAAAAUAAGUAAAUUAUUACUCAAAUUUUAAUAUGGUAUCCAUUUAUUUUUUAUACAUUAAUUUAUUAGGUGACUUUCAGUAAUAUAUUAUUGGAGAGAAAUUAUUUACAAUCAGAUUUACCAGACUUAUCCCCGGGGUCAAAAGUCGACGAAGAAUUCAAUAAAAUAUACAACAGUUCCAGUCAUGAAGAACCGUACGUUUUUAUUUUAUUUUAAUUAUAAUUAUAAUUUUUAAAGAAUACCUAGGUAUAGGUAAUAUUUAAUAAUAGAUAUAAUACCAUUGAUUAUAGAUAUCUAUGGUAAUAUACUUGCAUAUACUUUGGUAGGUAGGUAUAGUCACUGACUGCUAGAUGUAGAUGCUAGAUGCUAGAUGACUGUAUAUAUGAUAUAUGUAUGGUAUGGCUAUUGCAAUUUGACAAUCUGUGCUCAAAUUUUAAAUUAAAUAUUAGGUAAUUAAAUUAUUAAGAAAAUACCUAUUUUUAAAGUAUAUUACGUGUAGGAAGGACCAUAUUUAGGAUAUAUUAACCACUAGGCUAUCUUAUGGUGCGAAUGGAGAGGGGUUAAUAAUUUGAUUUUGAUCUACUUUUAGAUUCAGAGCGUAGGUAGGGAUCACAUUUUCCAAGAGAUUUUCAAAAUAAUUGAGAAAAACUGGAAACAAAAUUAUAGGUAAAGCGGAAAAUAUUUAAAGCGCCCUGUGGCGAUACCGCUUUUAUUGUUUUUAAUUUUUGCAAACUAUUUAUACUAGAAAUAUUGCUUUGAUCAAAAUAAUGAUUAGGGACUUUUUUUAUUGAAUUUUGGAUUUAGUUACUCACGAAGUAAGUCAUUUUUUGACUUUCUAAGUAGUUUUUAUAAUAUUGGGAAAACCGGGAAAAGACGAAAAUUGAAAAACUAUUAAAUCUACGGCGUAACGUAUAAUUGUAUUAUUUUAAAUUUUCAUGUACGACCUUUUCUAUCAGAAAUAUUUAUCCAAUCGAAAAUCAAUUGUUGCAUUUUUAAUCUCGGUGGGUGAGAAAGUCGUUUAUUUGAUUUUCAUUGUAGUUUUUUAAUAAAUGAGCAAAACCGAAAAAAAACGUAGACUUGAAAUUUGGACAGAAAUCCUAUAUUUGCUUUUCUUAACGUAGUAAAAUGUUCAAACAAAUUGAACCAUUUUUGAACUAUUUAUAGAUAUUUAAAUUUUGCGAGUUUUAUACGUAAUUUUUAUUUGAAAGGAAUUCUGUGGAUAUAAUUGUUAGACUAAAGUACUAAAUAGAAAUGCUUGAAAAUUUAACAGAAGGUUUAUUAAAAAUUGUACUCAGUGGUUAAAAAAAAGAAAUUAAGUGUAAUUUAGUUGUUUUAGAUUCUGAGUAAGCGAAGAAGUUUAUGGUUUUACAAAGAUGUUUAUUAUUUUUUUUUAUGUGCGCAACUUUUUUAUCAGAAAACUUCUUCCGAUUUUUACGUGAAGCAACUUUUCUAAAAGAAAAUCGGUGUAGAGAGGUGCCUUAAAAAGAUCUUUUUUUCGAUUUUCUCGAGUUUUCUAAACAAUUGUGAAAAACCGAAAAAAACGCAAGAAUGUAAGAAAUGUAGGUAUUAGCUAAAUAUAAUAAGGCCUUUUUUUUUUCUGUGUACAACUUUUCUACCAACAAUUUUGCUUCAACUUAUAAUGAUAGCAAUGUUUCUAAAAGGAAAUUUCACUGGAAAGGUACUUUAAAGAAGUCGUUUUUCGAUUUUCUUAGAAGUUUUCCCAGCAAAUGUGAAAAAUCGGGAUAAAACAUCGGUAAACUGGAAAAAAAACGUAGGAAAACUUGGAAAAUCGGUAUAACAUUAAACAAAUAUUAUUAAAAAAAUAUAUAUAAAGCCUAUUUAAUUAUUUUACUCUAAAAUGAUAUAUAUAUAUUGUUGACAAAGCAUCACUAUCAACUGAACUCCGCUCAGAAUCGUCUUUUGUUAACGAUGGUUAAUUGUUACGCACAGAUAUAUAUUAAAUUUCCCAUCUAACUUUCCAACUUUUUACCUACUACAGUGACCCAUCCACGUGCGAAGUAUGUCCGUUUUUUUUAAAUUUUAUUAGUAGCUUUUGGUAGUUUUGUUAAUGAUUAGGAAAACGUAGCAAAACUGGGACAAUUUACGUAAUAACAGUUUCCGGUUUCCAAUAUUUUGGAUUUUUUUUUUUUUUUUAUGAUUCGGUUAAAAGUAAUCGAUUAGACAUGAAGAGAGAAAAAUAUUUUCAGAAUAUUUAUGAAUUAGCACUUUUUAGACGUGCUAACAUUUUCAAAGCCUUGUGGUUUUUGAGCUAUUUAUAUGUAUUUAAAUAUUUCAAGGUUUUUAAUUUUUAUUUUGGGUUUAUGUGGAUAAAAUUGUUUUAACCUAGUAAAAACGGUUGAACAUUUAACACGAGAUUCAUCAUAACUUUUAAAUUAUACUUUGUGAUAAAAAUAAAUUUGAAGCAAUAUUGAGUAUUUUUUAUUAUGCGCCUUUUUAUUUCAAAUUUCGACGAAAAUCGUAAAACUCACGGUAUUUCAAAACAUAAUAAACCGAACUCUGCUGAAAAUCAUUUUUCGUUAGCAAAGAUUUACCUAUUCGUACAGAUAUAAAUUAAAUAUGUAUUCACUAUAGUAUUAUAGUAUACUUCCGUUAGCAGAGUCGGUAUACUAACAAAAAUUAGUGGAGGUGUCUAAUUAAACAAAUUCCGACUCCAAAUACAAAAUUUGCCAACUUCAAAAAAUAUUUUACCUAUUAUUUUGUCUUUCGAUAAGUAAUAAAUUUGACAAUAAUAAUAUAACAAUAUAACUAACGAUAAUCACAUAAUAAAACACCCAAGAAACUAAAAAAUGAUUAGAUUUUUUGACCCUAAAAUUAAAAUAUCGUUAAAUGGCUGACUUGGAAAUCUAGUUGGAGGAGGGUAUCAGUCCACCCUACCACCGGUCCUGUCUAUCAGCAUUAUCAGUACUUUUUAUGUUAUAAUUAUUAACAUACAAUACCAUCAGCGUAUAAAUUCGUUUCAAACAGGUUUAUCAAAAACAAUUAUUUAAUUUGUAAAGAUUAGGACUUGCGUCUGACAGUUUAAAUACCUAUAAUAGUGAAAUGUAGAUAUUAUUUUCUCAUUAAAUAGACAUAACAUUGAUUUUUACUCUUAUGACAUACCUAAUUUAUAAGUUUAUUUGUUAAUUGUCAAUGUUUAGAUAUAAUUCCAAUUACACAAAAGGCACCUAUAAAUAUGUUUUUAUUGUUUUAAAUAAAAUCACUCUUUAUGAAAUAAUUGUUCGCAUAAUAAUUUUUAUAUACCUACUUAUUAUUUUUGUUCUUAUAAAAUUUGUUAUAAACAAAUUUUCUCGACUCUGCUGUACGAAAAUAGCGAUGCAAAAACUACGAACCGUGGCCAAAAUGGAUAUGUUAAAAAUAACAUUUUUAAAUACACAACCGCCUGGUAGUGGCAAUAGUAGUGGUGGUCCAUUUUGGCUAUCUUCAAUGUCCAGUUGUAAGAUUAGUCAUUUUUAUUAUAUAAAAAAAAAAUAAAUAAAUAAAUGAGUAGAAAGAAAAUGUUCAGUGUUAAUUUAGUUCAAAUUUGUUUGUCCUAUUCGACAUGAGUUUAGACGUCUCCGUUCCCUGGAGGUACAUUUAUAUACUAUUUAUAAUUUUCAUUUAGUUUUUAUUAUUUGUAAUUUAAUUAAUAAUAUUCGAUUUUCUAGAGAUAUUUUACAAUUACUAAUAAUCACAAUAUUCUUAACAAAUUUGUGUGCGCUCGCUAAAGGUCGGUUUCAAUUAAACCACCAUAGCUAAUGCUGUAUGAGUAUGGAGUGAUCUGUUUGUAUCAAUAUAUUACAUAUUAAUAUUGGGUAGGUAUAUAAUUAUUUGUUAUUAUUUAUAAUAAUAAUUAUAUUGCAUUAAUAUUUUUUGUACAUACCUAAUUAAUAAUAUUCGUUGUUUUACACAUUUAGGCAUUUAACGUCCUCGUGGUUUUAUGAAUUUGUGUUUUAUAAUGUACAAUUUGUUUCAUAUAUGUCAUUUCGUAAUACUUACUUAAUUUUUUAAUAUACUAAUAUUCAUUAUUUUAAUAUUUAUAAAUUCGUUUGUUUAAUAGAUUGAAAAAAAAUACAAACGUUUUAUUAGUUAAUCUAAGCAAUUACUUAGAUAUCGAAAAUUAUACAUCCAAUAGUAUCUAAUAUCUGUAUAAUAUACUCUGAUGAUUCAGUUAUUAAAGUUGCGGUGUAUCUAUAAAGUGUAAUUAUAUAAUAGUUGAGUUCUAUUUUUACAAUGCACUUUGUUCAUGUGUGGGGUAGUGCCAAGUUUUUUAUAUUUCAUCUAUAUCUAUAUUAAAAUUUUUCUAAAUCUUAUGCUAUUAUAAAAAAAAUGAUAUCUGAAAUAAUUAAAUAAAAAGUGUUGUGCUAAAAGAAAUUAAAACGAAAACCAAACAUUUAAAAUUACUACAUGCAUAAGAUAUGCAUUAUAUAUAGUUAUACAUAGUUACCCAUCGAAAUAAUAAAUUAUAUUGUAUUUAAUAAUAGUUAAUAGUUCCUCAUAAUUAUAUUAGGUACAUAAUAUAAUAUGAUUCAAUAAUUAAAAUAUGAACUAUUUGAACCUAAACAUAAUAAAUUAGAGUAGGUAGGUACUUUUUAAGUGCAAAUCAUAGUUAGGUAUCUAUAAACACAAAAAAAAAAAAAUCUUUUUCAUUUUCAUUUAUGCUAACCUAAUCUUAUAUGAGUAGGUAGGUACAUGUAUAAUAAAAUUUAAUAUAGGUAUGUAUAAAUAAAAAUAUAUUAUGUUUUAUCUUAUAUCCAUUAAUACUACGAUUACUAUCUAUUAUCAAUUUCAAAUAGAUGAUAUCAAUCGUUUUAGUCAGAGUGUUAACGUGUUGUAAAUGGUCGUUUGCUAACUAGCUCUAUAGAAAGUAAUGUUACAUAAACUCUACUAUUAUCUACUGGCACGUGGUUAAAACAUAUCGGCAUAUAGUUAAAUACAAUUUAUUCAUAAAAGACCGAUUUUUGUAACCCAUAUACAGAAUUGUGUUGGUCGAUAUAAAGGUUUUUUCGUAUCUUUGGCAUUUCGAGUAAAGUUAUAAUUAGAUAAUUGUAAUAAUGUUAUUUCAAUUUGAUUCUAUAAUAGGGUGCAAAUUUUUAUAAUUCUAUUUCAUAAUAACCUCGGUUUUCUUAUUCAAUUGUUAGUAAAUAUGAUUUUGUAUUACCUAAUAAAAUUGUAUGUGAUUAUAAUACUUAACAUUACAAAACAAAUAAAAAAAUAGUAAUAAUAAUAAUAAUAAAUUCUUAGGUUGAUGAUUUGUUAGUAUUAAUAGAAAUCUAUAAUAUUGUUUUAACUACAUUUUUUGAAGGGAAAUAUAAUUUUCUGAAAAAGUAGCUGUAUUUUCAAUAUUGAAAAUUAAACCAACAGUCCAUUAUUUAUUUGCUUUUAAUAUUUAGAAAAAUAUGCAAGGUCACUAUAAAAAGGAAUGUCAGUCAUUCCACAUGUUUGAAUUUGACCGAUACAGUCAUAUUAGCAGAUGCUAUUAUUGCAGGCGUUUACCUGCAUAAGCGUAAAUGGUGGUGGUGUCUAAGGGGGCUAUAGUCUCUCAACAUUUCCUAGAACCCUCUGAAAAAUGUCUCUCCAGAAAAAUAUUUUCUCAUUGUUAUUUUUAUUUUUUUUGCAAAAUACAUCAAAUAAAAAAUAAAUAUGAAAAACUUCAUAUUUCUUUUUUCUUUACAAACGUAAGGGUGUAUUUUUGAUGAGUUCCGUGGAAUAUAAAAAAAAAAAUAUAAGAUUUUAAUGUAAAAUCUAAAAUUGUAUAGUUGUAUACUCUAAAUAAUAUUAUAAGAUAUUUAAAUUUAUAUUUAUAUUUAAAUAUAUAAAAUAAAUAACGAGGUAUCUAAUAGUGAUAAGAUAACUAAUAACUAAUAAGUUUUUAUUUUUUAUAUAUUUUGUAUAUUAUUACAAUUUGACAUUUGUACAUGUUAAUUAUAACUGCGAUUUAAUAUUACAUCAUAUAUAUUCUUAGAACUAAUAAAAUUUUUAGAUCAAUUGGUUUUAUUAUAAUUAAGAGUAAUUAAGUAAUGGUUUUUAUAAUUCAGAUACAUUACCAAUAUGUUUUCGAAAUAUUUUUUAUAUUUUUUUUAGAAAUGGUUAAAUGGUUAAAUGGUACUUGUUAGUAUAAGUACCUACUAUACAGAGAGAUUAAUUUAGCACGCUUACUUUAUUUGUAUGGUUAAAUUUUGCAUGUAUUACUAUUCUUAUUUUUGAAUUUUUUAAGUGUAAUUAAAGCUAAUAUUUUCGAAUUCUUAGAUUUUUCACAACAUUUAAGGAGUAUCCUAUAGUGAUGCAAAUUUUGGUUUCUCAAACGAAAAUUCAGAAAAUCUAUAUUAAAAAUUCCACAAAGAGGUGGAAUAUAAGUUUAAAUACAUUUUGGUGUUGAUAUUUUUGAUUUUUGUCAACCCAUUGACGAGAUAUUCCACUUUCAUGUUUGGGGACAAUAGUGGAGUAUAAAUAAACGCUGUUCGCCAUGCCAUUUGAUGGCAUUUUCAGACUGAUAUCUUUAGUACUUUACAGUAAAAUAAUUCAAAUAAAUUUUGAUUAAAAUAUGUCAACAUUUUCAGAAAAAUUAUCUAAUUUACAAUUUGCAUUAAAACAUAUAGGUCUCAUUUGAAAAAUAAAAGUUGGUAUACUAUAGUAUUUUCCUUAAAUGUUGAGAAAAAUUUAAAUAUUUGAAAAUAUCGGCUUGAACUACAGUUUGAAAAUUCCAAAAAUCAGAAUUUCCAAGUACUUAUGUAAAAUUUAACGAUAAAAAUGAGGUGAGCAUGCUCAAUGAUUCGUCCUGUAUAUUUAAACAUAUAUUUAAAAAAAAAAAAACUAUAAAAUUAUAAAUCGAAGUUUUUGUCAUAUUUAUUCGUUACCAUAAAAUGUAGUACACCUUAUUUACAAUACCAUUAAAAGUAUUAAUUUGGAUUGUGAUUAUUAUUUCUGACCUAUCGAAAAUACAUUAUAUCGUAUUCCUGCUGGCUACCAGGCACCGACUAUUAUCAAGACACCUCUGUUGGUGUUAAACAUUACACUAAUAAUUACUUCGAACGUUCUAAUGUUAAAUUUCCAAAAGUCUUAAUGAUUUUUCACAAAAAAAUAUAAUAAACAAAUACUAUACAAAAAUAUUAUUAUAUUAAAACAUAAAAUAAACUUAUAACGUUUUGAUUUUUAUUAUAUAUGCAAGUAUAGACAAUAAUAAAUUUAUAAUUUUAGAACAUAAAAUUAAAGUUUCUCUAUACAUUUUCACAAUAUGAUAAUGUGUUAUGGUAAUAGGUAGGUAGGUUCAGAUAUAUUUAAAUAAUUGUACAAUAUCAUAAAAAGUGAAAAUGUAUAUUAUUAGUUUUUGUAUUUUGUGUUGGCUUAUGUGUAUUUUAUUUUUAGUAAUAUAAUUAAUCAUUAUUAAUUAUAAUCAAGUAAAUGUGUUUUUGCUGUCUUCAAUAUAGAAAGUAAAUGAACUAUCUAAACGAUAACUUAUACAAUUUUUCAAAAUUUAAAUAUUACCUGUGUUUAAUAGGUACUUGAGUUUAAGAGUAUUAGAGAUGAUUAUAAUGAAUAAUUAAGAUAUGUACCUAUACAAAUAUAUUACAUUUUAUUUUAUAAUAGCAGCGGUGAAAGACAAAAAGAAAAUUAAAUUAAAUGUUCUGAUGAGUCAUUGCUGUAUAGACUUAGGCGCAUGUGCAUGACUUUCGUCUUUCUCGCAUUCCUAUGUGUAAAUAUCCUAAUAAAUAACUCUUACGUGACUGCCGCUCGCUUGCUCUGGACCUACUGGACCGAUACAGGGUAUAGGUACAUUACUAUAUAAUACCAACAAAAUAAAGAACAGGUUUUUGUCAAUUCAAUUUCAUUGGAAUUUACGUUUAUUGUAACGUUUUAACCCACUAUGUAUUUUUUUUUUUUACAUCGAUAUACUUUAUUGUAUUAUAGGUAGACGUUCGUUUUUACGGUUUUAUCGAUUGUGGGUGCUGCUUGGUUUAUACAUAUAUGUAUUAUUUUCAAUAAUGCAGUAAAAGAUUAGAUCAUUCCAUUUAUCGAGAAAAAAAAAACAAACACAUUUUUGUAUUUAUAUCUUAGGUGUGUUGUGUAUUAUAUAGGUACUUUGUAGUUCGUAUACACAUACACCUGAUUUAUUUUGAUGGUAAUACAAUUCAAAAUUAGGGUUGAAAGAAUGUGGUUUUUACUUUUAUUUUUAAUAGCUGUAUAGAAAUGUUAAUUUACACGUAAUUAAACCUCGUAAAUAAUUUGGACGUUUUAUAAUAAGUUAUAAAUUUCUUAAACCGGUGUACUGGGUUCAAAUAACGAUUAUACCUACCCUUAAUUAUAUUUAUUACGCGUUUUAUGUGGUAAUAAUGUAUAUAUUUUUCUUUCAAGUGGACAUAUUAUAGUAAUAUUGUUUAAUAUUAAUUUAUUAUAAUUGUAUAACUUGAGAUAUUUUAUGUCGGUACCUACCUAUUUUAUAAUAUUACGCGCUUAUUUUAAUUCACCAUUGUGAAUGGAAUGUAUCACACUACUCUAAAUUAAUAAUUCUUUGUGGAACUCUCUGGCAUGUGUUUGAUAAUAAUUAAUAUUACAGUAUAAUGACUGUAUUGUACAUAAAAAAAAUCACUAAGUAUUGGUGUAUCUAAGUUUUUAUUGUAAAUACGAUCAAUUCAAAAAAUUAAUUUUAUUUUACGAUUCAUUUAAUCGUUACAGUAUAAUUACGUAAAAACGAUGUAUUAUUAUUGUUUUUUAUUAAAUAAAAUAAAUAUGCAUCGAUUUGUGCAAAAUAUUUUAAUAACUAUUUCUUACGAUUGCGAAUGUAUUGUUGUAUAAAUAGGUAUGUUAAUUUAUUUUUAAAAUCUAUUUCAAGUAGAUACCUAUUACACAUUUGAAAUUUAUUUUAUGUUCUGAAAGUAAAACAAGGAAUAUAUUGUUUUUAAAAUGAUAAUUGAUGAUGACUAUUAGAUUAUUUUUUUAUUUUUCUGUCUGUAAACAAUUUGUCUACCAGCAAGUUUGCUCCAAUUAAACACUUUACAAAAACUUUAUUGUAUCAUUUACUACAUUUACUAUUUAUCAUACUUGUUUACAGUAAAAAUGACGAUAAAAAUCGUAAAAAUCACGGCAUUUCGUGUUAAAUAAUAUUAUUUUCCAAUUUAUGUAAAUACAAGUUCUUUAGCUCAGUAAAAAUGUUCAACAAUUCAAGACGAAAAACAGACAAUUUUAAUUUAUUUUGUAGUUACAAAUUAAUGUGAUUUUCAAUUUGAGUUUACAAAAACACGUUUAAUCGAACUUCACUCAAAAUCGUUUUUUGCAAGCAAUAAAUUAUCGUUGCGUAUGCAAAUGUAAAUUUAAUUACCUUAUAUGUAUAUAUAUAUAUAUAUAUAUCCUACCUAUCAAAUUUCCCACCUAAAACGGUGCCACACCCAUGAUAGUGCGAACUAUGUCCUUUUUUUGUUUAGCAAACAAAAUCUCGCACGUUUUAAUAGUUUCGUAAAUAUUUAAUUUUUUAAACAUAAUAUUUAUUUAACUAAUAUAAUAUACUAUCUAUUUCCACACAGAAUUUAUUCUCCGUAAUUAAAUAAUUUAUGUACAACAUGUACCUAAUAUAAUAUAGAUAUAGUUUAUAGGUACUUUUUUAUUCACUUUUAUUGGAUUUCUAAUAAUGAUAGCUAAAGCAGGUAGUAUUAUUGGUAAUUUAAUUUAAUUUUUUGGUCCAAGUGACAUAAGUGUAUGGAGUGUAUUAUGUAUUAGUAUUUUCCUAAGUGUAUCGAUUUAAGCCUUCUUCCCUGGGCGCAAAGAAAUAUCUAUAAAUGAACAAUUUUGUUUAUUAUUUUCCAUACAAAUUCUACAAUAUCCAUGUCGUAUCUAUAUGUACACUUAUUACUUUGUAUAAUAUUUGCCAUCUAUUCUGUAGUGUAUCUAUAGCCAAUGUUGUAAAAGAAAUACCAAAGUUUUUUUUAUGUCAUGAUAAAAAUAUAUAAUUAUUGUUUACACAAUUUGUGUUUGAUAAUGAAAUUAAUGUUAACGAAUUGAAUAAUAAUUAAAAAUAUUAACGUUUCGUCAAUACCCAAUACAACAUAUUAUUGCAUAAAAUGUUCAGAAAACGAACAAUAAGUUAUUACUAAGGAACGGAUGUAUAUACACUUUAAAUUUAUAUAAGAACGUGAAAAAAAAAAAGCACUUCAAAAAAACAAAACGGAACAAAAAUGAUAGUGUGGUUUAAAAUUUCUCCCUUCCAAUCACGAACUUAGCUAAAUUAGAUAAACUUUUCCACAUAAUUAACACAGUUCAUUUUUUUUUUAAACAAAACUAUAUGUAUAGUAAACAAAAUUACUUUGUUUUAAUCACUUUUAUAGUGUUAUAAAAUUAGAGUCGUUAAAGGGGGGGGGACUUUUAAAAUUCCUCUACCAUUUUUAUUUUUAAAAAUACGUUUGAAGUGCUUUUUUCCGGGUUUCUUUGGCGUUUUUAAACGGUUUUUCGUAAAUCUUAAUCGUAUACGCGAAUCCAUUCCCCAGUUCUUACUAAUACAAUAUACGACAAAAUAUUAUGAUCGCGGACAUUCCGGGGUUUUUUUUUUUUUUUUUUUUUUGUAAAUCUCGACAUGCAAUUAUUUAUACGUACAAUAUACGCGUGAUACACGUGUAGGUCGAAUCGCUGAAUAUUGACGUGCGUCAAAAUUCUCCAAAUAUAUCUGGUUUGCACGUAAAUAUACACAAUACAUAAAACAAAACUAAACGAUUCCCGUAAUAAUAAUACGUAUCGUGUGUACGCAUAAUCAUUAGUGCGUCACUGACGAACACUAUCAUUGCCGCAGUGUAAUAUACCCACUGAGUAACCGGCGUGUAUAUAGUAACUGGAGAGUGGAGAGAGACCGGAUAAACUGCACUCGGUUGCAGUCAUCGGUUACUCAGACUCGCAUUCGGCAUAGUAUCGACUUCGAGUGCGCACGUUCCGUUUGAGUACGUCUCGUUUUAUCGUAAAUAAUCCGUACGGGCAAUAAUAAUACAACGACCGGCAGUCGUGCCCGCGUAACAGCUAUAGGCGCCUUUUGUAUUUGAUUAUACCGCGCGUACAUAAUAUUUUCAAAAACCAUCGUUUUACAUUUAAAUUCCGUCGUACUAUUAUAUUGCGUAUAAUGUCGACCGCCGCUGAGACUGCUGCUAAAUUAGACAGGACCGAUCCCAGAGUACGAAAGCUCGUUUACAAUAUGUACAGGAACGUUUUGGGAAAUUACAACGAUAAAGCGAACGCUAUGUUAGACGCGUUGCCCGAAAACCAAGUGACCCAAGACCAAGGGAUAGACCGGCAACUCUCUAGUAUAUUGUAAGUCUACCGCAUAUACGCAUAUUAUACUUAAACUCUACCAGGGGAAGAACGGUUCAAGUCAGUAUUCGGUUUCUUUUAUAAUUUUGUCUUGUGUCAUUUUUUCCCUUUUAUUUGCUGGUCUAAAUGUCAUAACUGUAUAUAGUUUCAAAAUUGAAUUUGCUUGUAUUGAAAACUAUACCAAAUCGACUCGAGCCCUCUUCUUCCCUGGAACCAAAGAUAUAGUACAAUAAUAUACCUUUAUCAUUAUUAUAAUUAUAACAAUUUUAAAAUUACGAAAGAUAAUGGUUAUUUAUAGUAGUGUAAGGUUCAACAAUUACUAUAAUUAUAAAGUGUAAUGUAUAUUUAUAUCUGAUAAUAUCUCUAAUACCGUCAUCGGUUAAAAUUAUUAUAAUACAAAUCUUGUCUUCUCUACAUAUAAUUUCGUUUCACUUUCGACUGAGUUUAUAUUAAUUUUUCGAAUUCUGUGUACUCCAUUAGAUAUAUUAUGUAAGUACCUAUACCGUAUACCGUAUACCGUAUACUUUGAAUAACCCAGUAAGACUUAUUACUGUAGGUAUAUUAUUACAGAACAGUUUGAAUUAUUCAAUAUAUUAUUCAUUUACCUACUAUUAUUUGUCGCUAUGAUUUUAAUGAUAUUAUUAUGAAAUCAUCACGCCUUCUUAAUUAUAAUAUAUACUUAAAUACUGUAAAUAAGUAUUAUAUAUGAUCAUAUUAUGAUCAUGUACAAUAUAAUUAUUUAUGUGUUAGAUUUCUUUGUUAACCUUUUUCUGCGUGAAUUUUGUUUUUUCUAAAAAAAUGAUGUAUAUAGAUUUGUAGUCAAGAUGACAUAGAAAAAUACUUAAAAGAAAUUUCGACUUUUUUAACCCUAAAAAAGCUCAAAUUUUAAGUUGUGCCGUAAAUGGCAUAAUGCGCACCAAAACUGUAUAUUUAUACAGGACUCCAUGCAUUAAAUUACUCAACAGUAUUAUGUGCCAUAUUAUGUGAGACGUAUGCAGUUAUAAAACGAAAAUAAAAUAAUUACAUCAUAUUAUAUGUAUUUAAUUAUUUAUUAAUUACUGUAUCACAGUUUAUCUGUUUUCAUCUAUUUUAUAAAUUAUAGUACUCAAUUUUACCACUAGAUAAAAGUACCUUGUAUCAAAAUUAUUCAGUUUUUCGUGCUGAAUUCAGCCAUGUAAGAAGUAUUGGAAUCGAAUAAUUUUUCAGUGAAAUAAUCGAUAAACAUUAAUUUGUGCCAUUUUUGGUACAAUAUGCGGAAAGGGGUUAAGUUGAAAAUAUUUCCAAAGUCAAUGAUAUUUUUAUAACUUGUUAUUUAAUAUUUUAAUCGAGAGGAGUUUUUUUAAUGUAAUCCAUACGAAUAUUGUGUUAAAUAGGUACCUGCUAAACAAAUUUACGUAUUUUAUGUUAUUUAAUCUUAAAAAUGCGGUUUUUGUGACAUUAGGUACCUAUAGUUACAAGGUGCAUAUUAUCACAAUAUGAAGGGUUUCCUAAAACAUUGAUGAAAUGCUAAUACGACGCUAUUUUUAUUAUUUUAUCUGAAAGUAUUCGAAUAUAAAUACGCUUAUAGUUAAAAUAUUAAAUAAACAUAGCAUAAUACAACGCAAUUAAUCUAGUGUAAAUAUUGCAGUGUAUUAGGUAGGUAUCUCUAAUAAAAAUGUAUAAACAGUAAAUAUGUCAGUUGAGUAUAAAUUGCACACUAUAUACUUAUUCAACCAGAUGGUUUUAUGCAUAAUAAUUACAAAAUACCUAUACUAAAUAAGGAACAUGUACGAGUUUUUGGUUAGAGAGAGGGAAUUAUUAUGGUCGUGAUAAUAUGUUUGUUUUGUUAAUCACUUUUUGAGGAUCACUUAAAUAAUUUAUACGGCUCGGCAAUUUUUAUAAAGCAAGUUUAUAGAAUAAGUAGGUUGGUAAAUAAAUAGGUAGGUUUUGGUUGCCAAACGUUUUUGAGGGUUCAAUUUCCGAAAGUCCCAAUUUGAUGUCUCUGAAAAUCAUGUAAAAUUCGAUGGAGGCAUACCUAUAUACUUAUUAAUAAUAAAACGAAAAUAGCUAAAUACAAAUCGAGUGUUUAAAUUGCAUUCACAAUUUAUGAUAAUUAUUGAGUAUACCAUGUAUAAUUAAUAUGAACGAGCCUAUCUCACUUUUUAAAUAAAUAUUUUUGUAAUACUCAAUUGAAUUGUUAAGGUCUAAGGUCUAUAAUGUAUUUACACGAUAUCAGAAUAAUUACUAAUUUGGUAGGCACCUAAAAUUUAGUCCUUUGAUAAAAUAAAUUUAAUUUUAGGUUAUUAAUAUAAAUAAAAAGUAGAUAUCCAUAUUAGAUACCGUAUAUAUAUAUAUAUAUAUAUAUAUAUAUAUUUCAUUAUACUAACACAUUGUAUAAUAUGCAUAAUAGGUAUAAAAUAUAUACUUAAAUACAAAAAAAAUAUUCGUAAUUAAAUUAAUCAUUUUGAUUUUGUAUUCAAAUAUUUUUUUUUGAAAAAUUACAAAUAUUUCACAUUCACAGUAAAUAUGUAUUAUCAUCAGUACCCAACCUGGGAGUAAUUACUCCCCAAGGAGUAAAACACGAUUUUUGAGGUGUAAAGACUACCUAACCUAACUCAUUUUUUGUAUUUUAUGUACUUUAUACUUAUGAGUAUUAACUCUGCAUCAGUCAUGUGUACUAUGCUUGUAAUAGUUUUUUCAAAAAAAAAAUUUUUGAGGGGGAUGGGGAUUUGUUAAUGUCUAACCUGAUUUAUGGGCAAUAGUCUCAAAAAGGUUGGGAACAACUGGAGUAGAUAACUGAUGAAGUUUGCCAUGUGCUUCUUCUUUUAGGUAAUUUAUUUAUUUAAAUUGGUACAAAUAUUAAUUAUAAAUGAUAAACUAGUUAAUAAUUAUUGUAUGAUAAUGAUUAUACCUACCUAAUACUAUAUCGUGUAUUAUAAUCAAUGGAAUAAAUAACUUGACAUUAAAGUAGAUACCUGUUUUUACAGGAACAUGACGUUUAAAAUAAUAAUUAUUCUGUAUAUCACAUGUACAUUUGUUUUUCGAUAGUUAAAAAUUAUAAACUAAGCAUAGAAAAUGUAAUAUUUAAAAAUAAUAUUAUAUUUAAUGACCAACACGUCAUUACCCUAUUAAAAAAAAAAAUAAUAAUAAACGAUUAACCUAAAGUAAACAUAAAUCUUUGCACAAAUCAUUAAUCAUUUUCUUGUAAAUUUCUAAAUGUAUAUAUAAGUAGGUAUAUGUAGGUAGGUACCUUACUUGUAACAGUAUUAAAACUAGCUAAUAAUUAUAGAUAUGUAUUGUAGAUAUCUACUCACUUAUUUUCUUUGGCAGAGUCAAUCGAUAUUAUUAUUACCUUAAGCCUGAAGGAUAUCCAGGGGUUAUAAUAUUAUUGGUUAGUAAAUAAAAAAGGAGGUUGAUAUUUAAAAUAAGUUAAGUAGAAAUGACAGGACUUGAUUCUCCCAACAAUUUUUGCACGCAUCUACUAAUAUUGUAUAAGUAUACCUAUACGUGUAGUACAACAAAUUGAUAGGUAAAGUAGAUACACCUUAUUUUUACGUUUUAAAAACCUAUAUAUCUUUAAUAUAAUUAUUAUAUUAAUUAUCAUUAGCGUUUUAUAUUACAAGCUCCUACGGUUAUAGAGGUUUUUUUUCAAUAGUUAAAUUGCGCAUAUUUCCGCGUGCGUUUCCGCCGCGUUUCCGUUUUCCAAACAACAGCGUAACGAAUUAUCAUUGACCUUAUUAUUGCAUUAUCAUAUGGAAGAUAAACAACCAGAAAAAAAAUCCAACGUGAGAAUAGGCAAGGUUGGUUGUGAACGUAUGUUAUAGUGUGUAUUAUGUUUUCUGUUUGAAGAGUAAAAAACAAAACAGCGGCGCCCAUCCAAGGGCACACAAUAAGGCUGACCCUGCAAAAAAAAAAAAAAAAUCAUAAGAGUAAAUCCAUAUAAUAGACAGCUGAACAAGCGCUCGAAUACGUAGUUUAUUUCGAUCCAAAUAUGGUAGCUUGUCCACCAUCCACAAUGAUAAUUUCAAAUACGAAUGCGUAUCAUAAGACUCGUACACUAUUAUUAUUGUACCACAUCAUAUAUUAUUAUUACCUAUUUGAAAUAACAAUUUAUACAUUUUUUUUCUUCACAACAUCUCAGAAGAUCCCCUAUAGUUAUAGCUAUAUCUACCUAAUCUAUAUAUAGUAUGUUGUCGUUAAAAUAUGAUAUGAGAUGCACCACGGUUGUGCAAAACUAUGCUAUUUAUUUUAAUUUGUGUGUAGGUACUACGUAAAAAUCAUUUAUAUAAUGCGCAGUCUUAUUAAUUUAUUUUAUAUUGUUAUAGGCAUCAGAUAGGAGCGAAAAACUCUGCUGGAGACAUGUCCGCACCUCCACCGCCUGCGCCGCCACCACUGCACCAUUCUGGUAAAAUUAAAUGAAAACAAAUAAACAUUACUGUUGACGUGUGAACGAAAUAAUAAUAUUAUUGGAUUUCGUUUAUGAAAUUUUCAUAUUAUGCAUUAUGUAAAAUUAAUGUCUUAUUUGUUUAUAUUUUAUAGGAGGUAUUACUCAAGGCGGUCCACCCCCGCCACCGCCACCACCUAUGUUACACAGUGGACACAUUCCGGCUAUCCGAAUAAAAACAGAGGUACCUAGAUAAUUGUCAUAUUUUGUGUUGAAUUUUUGUCAAUGUGUAGUUAUAAAUAGUUAUUGGGUAAAUUAGACUGGUAUUAAAACGAAACAUAUUUUGUUAAUUAAAUGUACAGUGUAAUAAAUAUUAUACCAACUCUGCAUAACAGGUUAGGUCAGGUUAGGUGCGUAUGCAUGAACAAUGAUUCAAUGAGUUAAUAAUAAACUAUUGUUCAUUGUAUUUUUUUUUAACAAUUAUAUUUUAUUUUACGUAUAAUAAGAACAUAAAAUAGUAUCAUUACAAAUGUAUACUAAAAAUCGAAUACAAUUUAAAUUAAUUACGUUUACCCAUACAUAGGUAAUAUGUAAGUAAUAUGAUUGGUAAUAUGUAUUGUUUAUGGUUUAUCAUUCAAAAUAGUUGAACAAUACAUACAUAGUGAUUCUUUUAUUGUGGAACAUUCAUUAUUUCGCAAAUUGAACUUAAAUUUGAAUUUAAAAAAAAAAAUGUUUUGAAAAUUUAAGUAAUAAGCAAAUCUAAAAUGUUACACCAUUAUUUUUUGUACCCUUAUUUUUGGUUGUGAAACGACUAGGUACCAACCUUUAAUUUUUCGAUGGUAAUCUACCUAUAUUAAGUAACAUUUACAGAUAGAGUAUUAGUUUAAAUAAAUUUUGGUACUAAAAUAUUUGAUUUCCAUUAAUCCAUUCACGAGAUAUUCCUUUUAUGUCAGCUGUGCCAUUUUUUUUUUACUCCCUACCCAGGCUGUGUGUUUAUAAUUUGUGGCGACUUUAAUCCCUCUGAUAUUUUAUGGUCUUAUGACGACUAUGACCUCUGCUACUCGGCUUCCAGCUCUAGAAUCCAAUGCGUUUUCGAUGUAUUUGCUUUCAAUAACUUUUUUCAGCUAAAUGAGAUUCCCAAUAAGAUUCCCAAUGAGAUUCGACAAUCCAUGUCUUUUACUAGGAAUAGAAACAUUAUCAAUUAUACAUACCUGAUUACCUUGGACAUUUUUUUUUUGCCUAAAUCUUGAAUUUUACUCCCACAUUGAAGAAGUUUGCUAUCGUGCGUUAAAGAUUUUAGGCUUUAUUAUUCGCACGUAAAAAUAAUUUGAGCUCUCCAGAACUUGAAUUCCAGUUCUCUUAAAGCUGUGUACUGCUCACUCGUAUGAUCUCUUUUGGAGUAUUCUUCUAUUCUCUGGGACCCAUAUACUGCAACGGACAUUUCUCUUGUUGAGUGAGUCCAGAGACGUUUUUGUUCUUCUGAUUCUUUCAUUUUAGAAAUUCCUUACAAACCUCAUAAUUAUAGCCCAGUAAUGAAUAAACUUGGUCUUACAUCUUUAGCAGAUAGAAGAGUUGAAACAAAUUUGGUAUUUUUGCGCAAGUUGAUAAUGGUCAUCUGGAUGCUCUCUCUCUCCUUUCUUUAUUAAAUUUCAGAGUUCCUACUUAUUCAAUUAGAUGCUAUUCUUCUUUUGCUGUUUUUUUUCACCACACCAAUUAUGGUAAAAAUAAUCCCAUCCAUCAUAUAAUGUGUCUGGCUAAUGAGAACCUAAGCUUCUCAUAGUUUUUUGGUCCAUUACCACCACCUAUUUAUUAUUAUUUUAUCUGUCACUAUUUAUUAUGUUAUAUUGUUAUUAUUAUUAUUCUUUUUACUAUGUUUCAUUAUUUCUGUAUAUUGAUAUAAUUUAAUGUACUUUUAUAUUAUGUUAUUUACUGUUCUAUUCAGCACCUAGUCCGUGAAAAUAUACAAAAUAUAUAAAAUAAAGUAUACAAAUAAAAAAAACAUAUAACAUGACUAAAAUUAUCAUAAUGAUAAUGAAUGAUAGUUUGAUAAAAUUAAUGUAUAUAUUUUUAAUACUUACUCAAUUAUUAGCAUUGUUCAUUUAUUUGUUUUACAGAUGAAUGAAGUUAGAGAAAUUCCAUCAACUAUACAAAAUGCAAUGGCUACCAAAGACAAAAAACCAUUUACAUAUCUUCCAGGGGGAUUAGAUCUGAGUGAAAUAAGAAGUCCUCGAAUGCAAAGGCGCCUAGAAAGAAAUGCCCAGACUCCACCUAGUCCAGAACAAGUGCCUCAAAAAUCUCCAGAUUAUCAGCCAUCACACCAGAUGAAACCAACCUUUGAACAAAAACCUGCAUGUAACGUACGUUCUGCCACAGAAAGAGUGUGUCUGUUACCUCAAGUUCAACCUCAACUACAAUUGAACAAGGCUCCAACUCCUUGGAUGCAGAAAGCUGCUCAAGUUCAACCUGCCUCAGCACCAUGGACCCAAAAUAAAAAAGAAUAUGAUGAUCAGGUAAUUUUUUUUUACGUUAUUAUACUUUAUAAUGUAAAAAAAAAAAUGUAGCUUAUUUAAGGUUUGGUAAAUUAUUCCAGUCAAAUAAUGUAUACUGUGACAUAACAAUGAGAUAUCACCAUAUUGUAAUAAUAAAUGUAUAUAUUUUUGUUUUCAUUCUUCCGGUUUAUAAAUAAUAGACAAGUUGUAUUUGAGGGGAAGUUUUUUGUGAAAGAAAGAUGUCGACUGAUGUGAGAUUAGAGAUGAAUGGGUUGAAGGUUGAUGUUAGAAGCGUUAGAGAAAAGAGUCAGGUACAGAGGCAUAUGUAAUUUUAAAUGACAUGAAAAAUAUUUUUAAUACAUUUUUUAGUUUAGGACUUCAUAUUUUAACUAUAUUACAAUUUUGUAACAAAAACUUAUUGUUUACAAGGUAUACGUUUUGAUCGAUUUUACAACCUUCAAAUAUUAAGCUGAAUGGCUGCCCUUGCAGAUUUUACAUUAACCUGUAAAUUGUUCACUGUAUCUAUAUAUAAUACAAAAUAUUAUUUUAUUUAAGAAAUUUCAUUCAAUUAUUAAAUGCUUACAAUAUACAAUAUUUAAAAUUAAUUGUAGCUAGAUUUAAAACAUUUUACAUUUUUAAGACACACAGGUCAUAUUUUAUUCUGUAGAAUUAAUUUUCCUAAUAUUUACUGUUAAGGUUAAUAAAUCAGAAGAACGAGUUGUACCCAUGAGAGUUGAAACAAACAGACAAGUACCGUCACAACCAUUGAAGAAUAAUGUAAACUACUCGUAUGACUCUGAACCAAUUCAAGGACGUUCAUUCAAAGUGCUUCAACAAAUUACUGAACCAAAAAGUAUAACAUAAUUAAUUAAUUAAAUAUAAUAAUAAAUCAUUCAUUUGGAUUAAUGAAAAUUUUAAAUAAAUAUGUUUUAAGUUAAAUUAUUUAAUGAACUUAAGUAUUAGGUUAUUUAAAUUAAUUUUGAAUAUAAAUAUUUACAGCUUUAUAUUUAGAAAAUAUAUUUUAAGAAAUUGAAAUGAUGAUAAAUAUUAUUUGUUAUAAAGUUAUCUCAAAAAGGUUUUAUGGUUUAUAUACAAUUUGGACUUUAAUAUAAAUAUAAAUAUUGGAUAAUUUUAUACAGGAUAAAUUUCAUAUUUUUAACACUUUCGGUGCAAAAACAUAAAAUACAAAUUUCAUUUUUUUUAAUAGCAUUACCUUUGUUUUUUUAAAUUUGAAUAGUACUAUUUAAAACAAUUUUGAUCAAUUUUUUUAUCCCAAAAUAAUUUGAAUCAUUUAAAGUUGAUUAAACAUAUGAUAAAAAAAUACUAUAUAUAUAGUAUGUUAUUAUUUAUGUAUAAUUUUGUUAACUAAUAUUUUUUUUUUUUUAUAAAACAGCAAUGUUUAUUUACUUAGUCAUUUAUUUAUUUACUUUAAAAUUCACAUGUUUUAAAAGUCAUACAUUUUGUUUAAAAGUUAAAAAUUAAUCAUGUUUUUAAUCAAAUUUGAAUGGCUGUAUAUCAGGUAGGUAAUUUUUUAGAUUCCCACAAGUAGAGUACAUUUUUAAAAAUAUUCUGAUGUUUUUAAGUUAUUAGUUAAAGUAUUUUGAAAUUUGAAAUUUUGUAUUGUUUUAUACAGAUAAAAAUGUUUAAUUCUAUAAACGUAAUUAAAAUAUUCAUAUAAUAUACCUCUAAAUGAAACAAAAUAUAUAAAAAAAAGGUAUUGUUUGAUUUUCAGUUAAAAAGAUAUAUAUUAUAAAAUUACUAAUCAAUUUGCUUCAUGCUAUGAACAAAAUAGACAUUAUAUGCUCAAUGUUCUUUUUAUAACAUGAAAUGGCACUUAUUUGUCUAAUAGAAAAUAUUAAUAAAAUUGUUGUAUGUCUAAAAUAUCCUGAGUCUAUCUGUUAUUGUCCUUAUUCUGUAACCCACUAUUUCUAUAAUCUAUUCUAUUUGUUUAAUUAUUUAAUAUUUUUCAGGCAUUUAUGAUGGUUCUCAAUCCUACAAUAGUCAGUCAUUACCAUUAUCUGAACUUCGAAAAUUGCAGUUAAGUGACGAUGACAGAUCUUUUAUGAAUAGAGUAAAAUCUCAAGGUAUGUAUUCUUAUUGUGAAUAAUUUAUAUUUUUAAUAUGUUUUAGAAAUUUCAUUAUUAAAUCAUUGUAGUUAAUAUAGACAUGGAAAAUCCAAGAUAUAGAGGCGGUUCUAUACCUUCUAAGAUAUUCAAAGUUUUGGAUAAUAGUGGUAAUCAUUUAAAACUUAAUUAUUACUAUGGUGGUGGUAUCAAUAAUAUCCAACAAAAUGCUCGCUUAUUUGGUUAUAAUGGUCAUUUUAGAAUUCAGAUUUAGUUACUUACAUUUUCUAUUACAUAAAUAAAUAUGAACAUAAUAGAAUAGAUGGUAUGAAUAAUGAAUAUUUAGGUGCUUAUCAAAUUAUAAUAUUUUUUUUAUUUAAGUUCAAUUUAAGUGGUAUGUGACACGAUAAUAAUUAAUUAAGAAUAUUAUUUUUAUACAAUUAUCAGUUGACGAUGAUAAAUUUUUACACAAUGAAACGGAUCCUCGUUACAGAGGUGCAUCGAUCCCGUCUAGAAGUUUUCGAAUGUUGCAAACAUUAACAAACUCUGCACCUGGUAAAAGAAGUUUUAUCGAAUCAAUAUGUGAUUGUCAUGAUUUCUGUUUGUUAGGCUACGCUGCUUGUAGGUAGUGUAAUGCUUUUAGCUUUUAGGUUGUAUUUUGGUGUUUAGUGUUUACGUUUAACUUUAUAAAUUUGAUAUUAAAUCAAGUUAAAUAUUUUACAGUUCCAAUUGAUAACAAUAAACCAUCAGUACCAGUAAACAGUUAUAUACCAGGUAAAAACCAUUUAAACUAAUUUAAAAUCUAGGUAUUCAUUAUCUAACUGAUUAUUUCUCAGUAGAACCUAUAGAAUCCAAAGUUUAUGUACCACCAUCAGAGAGGUCUGCUAGCACGGAACCCCACAAGUAUACUGGAAGUUCUAUACCAUCCAGGUCUUUCAGAAUGUUGCAAGCUAUGACAGGCCAAAAUAACGGUAAAACAUUUUAUUUAAUAAUAUUAUAUACAAAACAAAAUACUAAUAAAAUCAGGCGAUCAAAUAUGUGAUACAAUUCUAUGAAGUAAUUAAAUUCCACAUAUAUAUCUACUAUUUUUAUGAGAGUUAAUUAAUUUGUCAGUGAAUUGAAAUUUUAAUGAUCUAUAUAUACGUAUAUAAGAUCAAUUUUAGUUGGGUAUUUAAAAUGCUACCUUACAUUUGUCAUUAUGUUAAGGAAAUUUGUUUUAUAAUUUUAUGAUGCUUAUUUUACAUUUAAAGUUUGACUUAUAUAACUUUGGUGAGGUUAAUGUAGCCUGUAUGUGAUAUUAUAAUGUGUAAAAUAUCUUUUUGUAGGGUACUUAUGUCUAUGUAGCUACAAUAUUUUUAUUAUGAAUUAAAUUUUUAAUUUAAAAUUAAUUCUAACUACAAAUAGGCAUGAUAUUUUUAAAUUCAAUUAACAUAAAAUAUAUAUAUUUUCAUGACAAUAAUAAUUUUGUGUAAUUAAAUAAUUAAUGCUACUUGGAAAUAAAGAGUAUUUUUAAGGUUAAGGUUAGGUAAAGAUUUUCUAAAUUUGUUCCAAUUAAAGGUGUAGGAAUAGCAUUUGAUGGAUUUAAAUUUUUAAAGUGUAUUAUUAGGUUCUUAAUUAGGAUAGGUACUUAAGAGUUAAUUUUUUUAAUGUUCAUUCACUUUUUCAUAAUUAAAAGGCAAAGUAUUUAAAGUAAAUUUCUUAAACAUAUCUUAGUAAGAUAGAUUCAUAAUUUAUUUUCAAAAUUGAAAUCCGUCAAAUACAAUUCCUAUAGUUAUGUUUGGCUUUAGGUCUAAAUCUACUAAAAUGUACAUAGUCACCUUUAAUGUUUUAGAUAUGAACUAACGUAUAUAUUAUGAUAUACAUUUAUACUAAAGUUGUUCUUUUCGUGAAUUGCAUUUUAUGGUUAAAAUAAAGCUUAUAGGUAAUGAUUGAAACAUAAUGCAUGAAAAAAAAAGAAUCUAAUUAACCCAAAAUUGAUGGAUAAAUGGAUCACCCUAUAAAAAAUGUGUACGUUUGAUGACUCACUUCAUGAAAAUAAUGAUUAAUGAUUAGUUUGUUUAUAAUAUUUUAUUCGCCUUAUAUUAUAUAUUAUUAUGUUAAAUAAAUUUAAUAAUAAACAUAAUUUUUAUUAUAGUAGGUACCUACAUAUUAUUGCUUCUGAAAUAUAGAGUGUCCUUAUGCUAAUAAUUCUGUCAAUAUUCAUUUUUUUUUCUAAUUGGGUUUUGUAUUAUACCCAUAUGUAGAGAAAUAUAAAAUGUUUAUUUUCAUCCCUUGAUUAUUGAAAAAUAACUUUAUUUUAUCAUCUACAAGUUACACAAUAAGGAAUCACAAUUAGCACGAUAAUGCCUUUUUAUAUCUUUUAUUUAAUAUUAAUUGUCUUUACUUCUAUUUUCUAUACAUUAAAGCCACUAUAACUAAGAAACUAUUAAUAAGAUAUCAAUGUAGGAUAAUUACCAUUUUUAGAAUAAUAUACUUUACAAAAUGGGUAUUUUGAAAAUUUUAAAAAGUGAACAAAUAAAAAAUUAUUUUUAUCAGUGAUUAAGGAAUGAAAAUAAAAAUGUAAUUUCCCUCUACAUAAUGCAUAUUGACAGAGUUAUUAAAAUAAGGAUAACACUGUAGGGCACCCUGUAUUUACUGACACACUUAGGGUAGAAUAUCUUAGAUUUAUAACUACUUUUUUUGUAAUAAGUUAAUAGAUGCUUGAAGAUAUAGAUACUGUCUAAUUAAUUAAUUUUGUAUCUAAUUUUGGGUUUAAUACCUAUUAUGUUUGAUAUGGGCUUGGGACUUAUAGCACUUAAAAUUUAUUAAUAAUUGCUUCAAAAUUCCAAAAAUCCCUGAAAACACUUAUAGGAGUUUAAAAGUUUUCCCUCUUACGACUGUAAUUUAUAAUAUUUCCCAACACUACAAAAGUAACAACACAAUAUAAUAUAAAAUAAUUUUGAGUAAUUAAAAACAAAUACUUUGUGUUAAUCAUUUGUGUAGUAUUAGAAAAUAUAAUUUAAUAAGUUUGUAUUGUUAAAGGAAAAAAAAACUUUUUAACCCAUUUAAAAAAUUUUAAAUAUUGUUUACGUGUUUUUUCGUUUUUUUUUUAUUUUUCAAGUGCUUUUAUAUGGAUUUUAAGUGCUAUAAGUCCCGAGUUCUAGUUUAUAAAAUGUAUUUAUAUUAUUAAUAUGUAGUUAUUUUUUCAUAAUUGGUUUAACAUACUUAUACUUAUACUCAAAAUAUUUAAAAUAUAUUUUAUAGAUGUUACCUUUACUGUUGAAUAUAAGAAAUAAUAAUGCACCAAUAUCUAAUAAUUAUAGUCUUUUCAAAAGAAUUGGGUAUUUUUUAGUAAUACCUUUUAACAAUUAUUUAGCAAUUUACAGAAUGUACCGUUUUAUUUAAUUUGCUUUUGUAAAAUAGUUUGAUUGUAAAUAUUAUGAUUUUUCAGUAAUUAUUGUUUUUAAUAUGUAUUUAAGAAAAUAGGUUAAAAUUUAUUAUUAGUAAAAUUAAAAUAUUUUAAUUUUAAUACCAGCUUUUUAAUUUUAUAUUAUCAGAUAAAAAGUGGGAAAAUAAUGAAAAAUGUUAUUGAGUUGAAUAGUAAUUAUAGAGUUCUUUGAGAUUUUAGAUAUGCCUUAAUUUAUAUAGUUCAAAGAAAAUGUAAUAAUUUGUGUAAUGAUUAUUAUUAUAUUGUAUACCUAUGUUUACUUAAUAUUUUUUUUGCGAAAUUCAUUAUUUAUAUUAUAAGAUCAUGCAGUCCUAAGUAUAGAUGUAUGUGUAUACCGUUAUUGUGCACUGUUAAAAGGAACAAAAUAAGUAUCAUUUAAUUACUACAGUAUGGUACAUAUCUGUAAUGUUUACAUUACAUUGUGAAAAAAAAAGUAGAAUUUUGAAUUCGAUCAAGGCCGACGUUAUAGUAUUGCAAUUAGUUCGGCCGUUAUUUUUUUUUAUUUUUUUUUUUGUAGAAGAAGAAGAAAAUGACCUACAAAACCGAUCGCUUAUCCCUUACCCUUUUCUUUGUCCCGAAUUUUGGAAUCAUUACAAUUAUCUAAAGGAGUUUCACGACUUGCAUACUGGUGUGUUACAUCUACAACAAGCACAAUACCAUCAACUACAACAAGUGCAAACAAAUGUUAUGUCGACGGAUGCCACUUACAUAGCGCAUGUAUUAAACACCAUUGACGAAGAAGCCGUAGAAGAAGAUAAAUCGUGUCAGUCGACGGAGGUCGCGAUUAACGAAAAAGAUAAUAGAAGUGAUUCUGAGUGUGAAGUGACGGUGACAAUAACAUUGCCAACGAAAAAAGUUGAAGCUAUCAAAGUACGAGAAGAGACUUCAAAUUCCCCAGUGGAUUUUUGGCAGCAGAUAAACGAAGCCGGUGAAAUAGAAAUAAAGGAACCCACCGCCGCCACCGAUACGGCCAAGACAUCCGAUAGCGAAUCGUCCGAAGACGAAGAUUCCGAAGCAACCGAGUCUUCGUCGUCGAUGACCGACAGCGUCUCGUACAAAGACGUAACACCAGCUGUGGACGCGUUCGCGAAGUCUUCGUCGGCAUCCUCCGAUGACUACGAAUCGUCCGAAGACGAAGAUGAUGUCAAUGCGUCCGAGAAGUGUUCGUCGACGUCCUCUGACGAAAGUGAAUCGUCCGAAGACUUGUCUGUUUUUGAUGCGCCUGAUAAGUCUUCGUCGACAUCAGACGUGGCUACUGCAGACGAUGCCGUCCAAACGUCUGAUAGCAGCGAAUCGUCUGAAGAAGAUGUCACGCCUUCGCCGCAACCGUCCAACAACUCUUGCAAAUCGGCCGACCAAGACGACGCAGAGAUGGAUAGGCCGUCGUCGCCGCCGUCUAGUGCCAUGCAUUUAUUGGACGUUGUGGUGGGCGACUGCGACGGCCGCCGGAGAAAGAGCGAAGAAGACGCCGACUCGGGCAUCACGACCUGGUCGGCUGACAUUAGCCGGCAGAUUUCCGAAAAGGACGUGCAGAACAACGGUGGCGGUGGCGUUGUUGGAACGGCGUCGAAAAAAUACCAGAGGACGGACACGCAUUCGCGACUUUUCGAUUUUUUGAACCGCGACGACUACAAUAACGGUAUGGCCGCGGCCGGUAAUAACAAGUCGUUACUGUUGUCCGCGACCGUAGACUUGCCGUCGUCGUGCACUUCGGGGUACUCGUCAGCGGCCACCACGCCGACCACGCCGUCCCUCAGCGGCUUUAGAGGCAGAUACGAAUCGGACUCUGCCCGCGCGGAAUACGACAGUUACUACAACAGUUGGGAAUACGCUUGCCCGUACUUCGGUUACGACAUAUUGCCGUCCAAGGCGUUUAAGACGAUCGCGCAGCAGCAGCAGGGCCACGGAUCCACCGCCGCCGUCUGCAGCACCAAGUUCAAGUGUCCGAAAAUUCCUACCGGAGAGAAUAAAUCUUAAACAGCUAUAAUACGUCUUUCCCCUCUCCUCCCCCUCUUUGCAUUUGUUAUUUUUUACGAUUUUAUACAAGGUAUACAGCACGCACAUUGUUUGGAAUCUGUGAACGGUUGUUUUUUCUCUAUGUCUCUCUCUCUCUCUCUCUCUCGACACACACACUCACUCACGUUGUCUCAAGUAUAUUAUAUCAUAAUGGAAGCCCGAUUUUAAAUGCACUCAAAAGUCUUUAAAAAUGAUAGAGGGGUUUUAAAAAUCUCCCCUCUAACAGCUCGAAUUUAUUGAAUACAAUUUUCUAACACAACACAAAUGAACACAGUAAUUUUUUUAGAUAAGAUUGUACGUAUUAUAUAAAAAUAAUUUUGUCUUAAUCAAUUUUAUAUUUAGAAAAUUGUAUUUAUAAAUUAGGGCUGUUAUAAUGGAAACUUUUAAAACCCCUCUACCAUUUUUGCUUUUUUAAAUAUUUUUAAGGGCUUUUUUGUGAAUUUUAAGUGCAUUUAAAUCCGAGCCUUAAUUAUAAUAUACUUCAUCGUCAACCUCAUUUAUCUAUAUUAAUACCUAAAAUAUUAUUCGCAUAGGUAUUAUACUUAUAAGACGCGUACCUACCUACAAAAAAAAAACUAUAAAUGUCAAUGCAUCCCCUUUAUAAUAAUAUUAUUAUAUUAAAUAUAAUAUUAUACCGAUCGGCUGACCCGACGCACGGGAUAAACGAGGUUGAGGUGCACUGCAGUUUUUUUUUUUUUUAUACUAUUAUUAUAUUAUUUCGCCGAGACUGCAGGCGUUACAGUCUAUAGACCCCGACAGCCUCUACAUGAACAACACCCAUCUUCUUAGAUCUGUACUGCGUUAACUUCUUCACAGUUGGGAAUAACAUUUUAUUAUAAUUUUUUAAAAUUUUUUUUUUUUUUUGUUCUUAACUCCACCUUUUGGAAUACCUUUGUUAUACAUAUAUUAUAUAUACGUACAUUAAUUUUUAAUUUUAUUCUUUUAACAAUAAUAAUAAUAUUAUUAUUAUUGUCACGUCGAUUGGUCGAAAGUAUCAAAUAUUUGAACGUCUCAUUUUCAUUAGAAUAUUAUUACUAUAAUACAUUUUUGAAAAAUUUAUUUAGAUUUAGUUUUUAACUUGUUUAACUAAUAAUUAUUAUUAUUCGUCAUAAUAUGAAACAAAAGGUGUAGUUUAAAAAAAAAAAAAAUAGUUUUGUAGUUAUUUGUGUGUGCGCUAUACAUUUAUACAGAAAUUAAUUGCUAUUUUUGUUUUCCAAAAGUGUUCCAAAUGUGUCCGGCUAAAUCGUUUUUUUUUUCUCUAUAAUUUGCUUUAACAGAAGUUCCAGUACGAGACGUUCGAACAAUCUGAUGUUACCAUUAUACUCGUAUAGUCGGAAAUAUUUUGGAACACUUUUUUUGUUAUUAAUUGAUCAACAAAUAAUUGAACUAAUAGAUAUUCGUUUUGUUUACAGGUCAAUUAGGAGAAUCCGACUUCUGAUGGAUCAGCGCCUUAUGCAAUCGAACCGCUUUUACGUUAAACGAUUUAUAUUUGUACGGUUUACACAUAUUAUUUUUGCUAAAUCAAUUAUUUGUAUAAAAUAUUAUAAUAUUAUUCAGAUCAUUUGGCCGUAGGUGAACUGAACAUACAUUAACACAUAAUUAUUAUUUUAGCUUAUUAUAUACCUACGGAUAUACGUCUCUGUAUAUGUAUGAUUUUAGAAUAUAUCGGUACGUAUAUAUAUAUAUAUAUAUAAACAAACAUGAUGUAAAAAAAGCGGUUUAAUUAUUAUAUAAAACAUAAUCAUAAUAAUAAUAAAUAAAAUCGUGCAUUUUAAAUACCUACC